CACAAUUCAGCUGUUUGCCAACCGCCCAUAAAAUUUAGAACUGAAAGAAGAAAAGAAGAAGUCUUCCGUUGGAUAUGAACGUUUUGUCUGUUUUUGUAUGUGGUGUGUGUUUUGUUUUGUCUUUUUUUACGCUUUUGCUGAAUUCUGCCUCUAAAGAAUUGGAAUGAAGCGCCACCUGACAAGCUAAACCCGGAGAUUGCCUAUGAAUAUGGCGGCAAAAGAAAACGUAAACAGUCGCCAAUUUGAUACUGAAUCCGUGGUGAACCGCUGGGUAGUGGAUUAUUAUUUGUUUUUGGCGCUAGAGUUGUUUAAAAAGGAACAAUAUGAGGAUUUCUGUGCCGUCACAGAUGUACUCGACAGUGUCUUGGUUCGUCCUUAUGGGCCCAUUGAUUUCAUGCCACAAAAGAUUCAAGUGUGGCGGUUUCUUUGCCGGAUAAAUGAAGGUGACAAACCUGCUGCAGACACGUCUUCUCAGUCGGUAUGUCCUCUGGAAUCAGCCCUAAUGUUGCUGGAAAGUAUGAGCCAGGAGUUCAGUAUCCCACAACAGGAUUACAAGAACGUAUGCACUUCAAUUAAAGAAAUGAUUAUAAUGCUUUCUAUUAAGAAUGGAAAAUUUGAGAAAGCAGGAAAGGUGCUGAACCAGCACUUUACCAAGAAGAUGGAUGGCAGGAGAAUGCUGUUCAUGGGUCUCAUCAGCAAGAAAAAUAAAAAGCAUGAAGUAAUUGAGCAAAUCAACUUUGGACGGUUCAAGAUGGAGAUGCUGGCUUUUUGUGAAAGGCUCUGCCCAUCAAGCGUUCCCUUUCUCCAAAAGGCUGCAAAUCAGCUUAUUCAGGAAAAGAAUAAGGAACAAGACAGCAGUGCAGCUAGAGCUGAUGAGCAAGUCCAACCGGUCCCCUCUUCAAGUCCACAAGUAAACAUGGUCCAGUCUGUACCAUGCAAGCAUUCAACUAUCCAGAGGACCAGGCUAGAAGCAGCCUACAAAGCCUUGGCUACAGGAUUAAAUGAGAGAAUGUUUUCUCAGCUGGAGGAAGAAGUGGAGACAGAGGACCAGGAAAGCGAGCAUAUGUGUCUGCAACUCUCACCUGAUCCUAAAAUGGACACCAAUUUGGACUUGGAGCAGGAAGUGUUAUUUCAGAGAGACUCAGGCAGCCCCAUGGAAGCUUCACCGGCAGACCAACCACCACAAGCAGAUGCUGUUCCACAAACUCAGGAAAGUUCGCUCUCAAAGACAACUUCUGUGCCAUGGAACGGACAGCUUUACACUCUGUCUCGGCUGGUGAUGGAACCAGAUAGUCAGGCAAGUUCACAGUGCUCAAAGGUUUCAGAGGAACUAGAGACCGAGGCCAGAGUAGAAGAGGCACCACAGACACUGGCUCUGUCAAAUAAAAGAGACUCACAGUGUCCAGUCACUGACCAAGAAGUUUCCAUACCAGCACCAAAACGCCACAGAAGGACCAACAGAAUUAACAGGAGAGUUUCAACUAGUUUUGCUGAGUUGUCAGCAGAGAGUGAGGAGGACUCUCCUCAUUCUGUGGCCAGCACGGCAGUUAGUGUGAGACGUCAUAACCAGUCCAGUAGUUCACCCACCAGAAACAUCAACAAGUCAAAACAGUCGUCAUCAGACAGUGAAGGAGAACCACAGAAGCUCUCAGAGCCUUCAGUGAAGGUCUCUCCCAGUCUGCUCCCUCUGCACUCUGUUCCUCAGACAAGCUCCACUCCUCACAAGGAUUCUGCUCAACUCAGCAACAACUCCUAUUCAAAGAAAAAGUCUAAAAAGUCAAUACGGUUAUCGUCAGACAGCGAGGAAGACCCGAAGGAGCCUGUGACCUGCAAGAAAACUCCAGUACAAAAGCCUCAUAAGCAGCUGUCCAGUGAUCCUGUGGACAAUCAAGUGAAUCAAGAUGAUACGGAUGACAUCCAUAUUACAGACUCUUCAGUGGAGAGCUCGCCAAGUCAGUCCCCUUCUCACCCCAUCCCACAAACGAGCUCUACUCCUCACAAGGACUCUGCUCAAAAGAACGUCCAUUCCCAUUUAGAAUGGAAGCAACGGUACCAUAAUGCAAAGGAGACCAAGGAGGUAUGGAGCGACGAAGAAUUAUAUUUUACCUCCAAAAAGAGAAGCUCAGACAUGAGCACCAUUUCAAAUUCAGGCCAAAGGAAAAGAAAAUGGACAGAGAGUGAGACGCAGAAGUUAAAAGACGGGGUCAAAAAAUUUGGAGAGGGCAACUGGAGCAAGAUAAAGGCAUAUUACAAAUUCAAAGAUCGAACAAAUGUCAACCUGAAGGACAGGUGGAGAACAAUGAAAAAAUCAAAUAUCGUCUGACUCACCAAAGCCUAUUUCAUUUUAUCCCAUCUCCAUUUAUUUGUUUUGGUUUCCUUAACAAGUUACUGAACAUUAUAAAAGCCACUUUAAAAUUUUGUAAAUGUUGAAUGUUUGUGGGUCAAAGAUUGUUUCUUUUUGAGGAAGGGAUAACAGAAAUUGCAGUAAUAGUGACUAUUGUAGCAUCUCUGCAGCCCUAAAUGACAAACCCACUCAUUGAAUUGAUACAGAGAUGGGAAUAGCUUUAAAAGUCAGUAUGUUACUCAGUCUUAUGAUCUCGGAAAAGCAGAACAGACCUUUAAUUAAAGAUAUGAAAGCUGCAAAAUAUCCAUAUAGCUAAGAUCUACAGGUAAUUUUUUCCUCCCACACAAACUAUUUGUAGAAAAAAGAUUUAAAUUUAAAUAAUACAGAGAUGUGGAUUUAUUUCAAGAUUCAAGUUACAAAAAACAUACACACAUAAACAAAACCCUUCUCAUUUAAUACAACAGGGAGGGGACAAACCAGGAAAUUCUGCAAAUGGCAGAAGUGAGUCAAUAGACAGAUUGUUUGUUUUAGCCUCUGGACUGUAGGGAAGUGUUCCAAGUAUAACAGCUGCUCGUGAAAUAGGAACUUUGAUCAGAUCAUGUCACUAUAAAAUGUUUAGCAGCUAAAAGUGAACCUUUGACUUUGAGUGAGUGUUACUGUUAAAAAUAAACAGUUUGACAGUC